GUCCAUGAAACCGUAUCGGAGAUCGUACCGAAAAAGUCAGCGAUAGGGUAUUUUAUGAUAAAACCGUGUUUUAAUCGUAGUUCAAUCGUUAGUACCGUUAAAUACCGCCUAUCGGUUUAGCCUCCGAUACUGAUAUUUUGUGGUUGAACCGUCGGUAUGGUACGGUUUAAUGGAUCAUGGUUUUAAGUAAUAUUCAAAUGAAAUUUGCAAAACAAAAAAGAAAAUCAAAUUCCAAACUUGAAGUUUAUACGAAUACUACAUCAUGUACGGUACUUAAUUCAGCUAUUAACUUUAACUACAAUGAGCAUCUAGUGAUGGCAAUUUGAACUCGCGCUGCGGGUAUUACCCGACCUGACCCGCAAUGGGACGGGUAUUACUCGAUUCAUAGUAGUGUGGGGUGGGACAUGGGUAUCUACUUCCGACCCACCCUAUCCUACCCCGUCUCGUCCUUGGCCCCAUUCUACCUCAAUAUUUUACAAUAUCUAUACAUAUUUUUCCUAUUUUGACUUUUUUCAACUAGUUAGAGUCAAUCUUUCAACUGGUUAGACUCAAUUACCCAUUCUAUUAUCACUAUUUUUCAUUCAUAAAGUGUUUUCUUCUUCGCUUUAUAUUAAAAAGUAAAAUUUGUGUGUAUUUCUUUCAAAUGACAUGUAAGAGUGGGUCGACCCGCCCCGUACCCUCGCGAGUUUUACCUGCCCGACCUGUAGUAGCGUGGAGCAGACGUGGUACCCGUUUGCCAUCACUAGAUCUAAAUACGUACUUAAACAUCGAGCUUCGGUCAUUAAUACCGAAUUAGUGGGUGAAAUUGGUAAUAUGAGAUAUGGCAAGUUUUGGGAAUGAAAUUUUGCAUGUAUAGUAAUUAAUAGCAAGUUGAAUAGGGCCUCGCAACCAACAGUCAAACGAAAACAAACCAGAAUUUCCAACGUGAUAGAAUAACAAACGUGGGGUCAGCUCAACCCUUCGUUAUCACAAUUGAAUAACUCAACAGAGGGAAAGGGUGUCACAUUUACUGCAUGUGAUCAGGCUGUUAUAAACGCGCUGCUACGGAUCGGAAAAUAGUCGGAAUCGACAAAGCAAGAAUACGAAAGCGAGAAUCGAAAACACAGACACACGAUUUACGUGGUUCACUAACACGAUGUGUGUUAGCUACGUCCACGGGCGAGCGAGACCCCCGAUUACUAGUCGUAGCGGCUGAUAAUCCGAUUCAAGUCAUAUCAACACAGGCUAUGUACACAAUUUAGGUCUUAGAGUUAGAAGAAGAAUCAAUUGAAGCAACGACUUCUAAUGUUGGGAAAACUAGACACAAGCUAGCCCUACGUUCCUCCUAAAUUCCCAACAUUCCCCAAUUUGAUUUCGUGACGAGCUAACAUUGUAUGUAUCAUUUAAGAGAUUAUAUACAUGUGCAGUCUUGUUUUCCUUUUGGGCAAGCAAACAUGGUGACGCCGUAAUGGUUGGAAUAUUGUGACAUAUAGAAACUGAUAUAUAGAAUUAAAGUCAAAUCGACUUGUUAAUAAAAAGAUGAAAAAGUGGUGUUUCGGGUUUCUAGGAGGUGAAAGUCAUUCAAGAAAUUUUGGUUUACCUCUGAUUAAUUUGGGCAAAUUAUUUGGAUCAUUACUGACAAUACAUAUAAGUUGUCUGUGUAACAGAUAUUGACCUUAUCCUCUUAAGUCUCAUCUAUCUAUUUCAAAAGAAGAGUUCAUUCUCGUUGUCAUCCAAGUGUUUUGUAGGUUGAAUGUCUAGUCGAAUAAUACUCAUCCCAUUAGGUCAUGUCACAUAAAUUUUCAAACUACCCACCUUCAAUGCAGAAUUGACAAAAUUCUGAACUACCCACUUUAAAAAAAAAAAGGACCAGUAAGUACUCUAUGCCCAACUUGAUCCACAGAGUAGCUAGAGUAGUGACAUGACUAUUACUCUACACAACAUAAUCGGUGUGGUAGAUAGGAACUGGGCCAAAAUAUUAACUAUUCCCAAAUCAUAUAAGGGUGGGUUCGCAUAUACUGCAAUAUCCUAAUCAAUUAAGUAUGAUGAUACGUUUUAUAAAAAACAAAUUUUCUCCGGAAGAUCGUAUACAUCUAGUAUGAUCAAGUUCGUGUAUCACAAAGUACACAUUAAUCAAGACGAUAAUAACAUGAAAGCGAAACUUACUCAUCGUGUUAGGAAUAGGACUGUUAAUGAGCUGAGUCGAGCUUGCCUUGUUCAUGUUCGGUUCGUUUAUAAAUGAGUCGAGCUCCAGUUCGAAUUCGACUCGUUUAUAAACGAGUCGAGUUGAACACGAGCCAACUCAUUUGUUAAAUCUUGACACAUCAUUAAGAUCAAAAGUUCGGCUCGAGCUCAACGGUAAGAUAAUUUAUAAUAUAAAUACCCUAAUAUUUAUAUGUCAUAUGUGAUACAUGUGAUUACCUAAUGUUAUGUCAUAUAUGAGACAUAUUUGCUUACAUAUACUCAAUGUAUUAAACACCAUAUGAGGUGAUAUAUACAAUUUAAUAAUUAUAUGCAUAAUUAACAAACCAACUCAUAAAAUAUAAAUUGAUUUUCUCAUAAGCUAUAGUCAAGUUGGCUCUCUAGUCACAAUGUUGGGACAUCUCAUAAGCUCAAGACGAGACAGUUCAUGAGUUGUAUUAAACGAGCCACCUAAUCGAGCUAGUUCACGAGCUUCACGAGCCAAACAAGGUAGAGCUCAAACUCGACUCGUUAAUUAACGAACCGAGCUUAUUUUCAAUCGAACGAGCUUUUAUCGAGUUCGAGACCGAGCCGCUCACGAAUAGCUCGGCUCAUUAAUAGCCCUAAUUAGGAAUACGUAGGAGAGCUUGCAUGGUUAUACAUGUAGGGGGUGUUGGAUUUGACUUGAAUUGUAGAAAAGAAAGUUCUGAAUUUUGGGUUUGGAGGUGGAUGAUGAGUAGAUUUUUGUAUUGGGCUUUAGGUGUAGAGGGUAGUGUUGGGUUUCGUGGGUAGCAAGGAGAGGGGCAGUCGAGUAGGAAUAGAAGUUUGAGUAGCAUUAGGUUUACGUAUUAGGUUUAUUUCUUAUAUAAAUAUGUAAGUUCGGCAUUAGUUCGGUAUCAAUCAAAUAAAUCAAAGGUUUAUAGACACCAACGUCUUUCUCUCGCUCGUGAGUUACAAGCAAAAUCCUUGAAUAGUGGGUUACGGUUCAUUCGUGGAUAGUGGAUGAUUAACUAAAACCGGUAGUGGGGAGCAACAUCGAUUGCGAACUUGAUGAUGCGCCCUUUUCCUAGCCAAGUGAGAAAAUAAUAGUUAACAUGAUGAGUCACUAUCAUUAAUUAGAAAAUUGGUUUUAAAACAUGGUUGUAGUAGUGACAAUUAUUGAAAUUUUGCUACUUAAUUAUUAUUGUCGUAUUCUUUUUGGAAGCCCACCGUUCAGAUUAGGUAGCAUAGUUCUCGCAGGGGCAUGUGAUUUUAGCUACUUGAUGGCAGUAGUGGAUUGGAUGAUUACAUUCUUUUACUCCCUUUUCAGCAAGGUUGUCAAACCGGUUUUUACCGUUGUGCCGGUUUGGCAAGUGGAAUGGUACGACCGGUGGUAUAACCAGUUUGUGCCGGUUCAUGCCGGUUAAAAAAAAUGUGAAAACAAUUAAUAUCUAAUGUAUUUAAUCAUAUAUAAAACAUAUUUGUGGACAAUUUAGUUACAAUCCAACAAAUAUCAUCAACUUUUAGCUAUUACAUUCAUAAAAUGAAUAAUAAAUUAAUUUUUUUAUUCAUUAAGUUCAUUAAAAUGAUGUCAUUUUACUUAGAAUGCGUAAGUCGAUCAUAACGGUCAUACCGGUGAUGUCACGCCAGUUUCAUAACCGGCACAGGUUGAACCAGGUUCAACCGGGUGGCAUGCCACCGGCAUGACAACCAUGCUUUUCAGACAUACUUCUAUUCCAUCCACUCAAACUCAAUCAUUCAAGACACAAUUUGACUCAAUUAAUUAAUUAAUUAACCUAAUGUGAAUUAUAUAAGUAUAAGCUGUCGAGUAAUUGCUAGUAAUGUUAUUGAUUUUUGGUAAUGUGAGUUUAAAAUCGUUGUAGUUGGUAGAGUAUAAAUCGUAUGAAAAACAUUUCACAAUAUGUAAAUGUUAGCGAUUAGUUGGUUGCUCAUUUUAAUACAUGUAUACGAAAAUAAUUGGCUAAGAUGUUUGAAAUAUACUUGAACACAAUUAUAUCUACAAUGGUCAUGUGUUUAAUAACUCUAUAUAACAAUGCUCUUCGGUCUAAUUACUUCAUGAGCGUUGUUCUGGCAUUAACAUUGUUGAAUCAAUAAUGUGUUGGUAAAAAAACUUGUUUUUUGUUUGUUUGUUUGUUCAAGUCUCUUAUAUGGUAUCUUCCUCUUAAGGCAAUAACAACAAUUUUGAUGUUGACUUAUCUGUUGUAUUCAAGUAUAUGAACAUUUUUAUUUUGAUGUAAUACUAUAUUUUAUCUGAAUAUGAAUAUCGAGUAAUUGUUGAAACUUUAAAUAACUUAUAUAUAUAUACUACAUUAGUAGUGUAAUCACUAAUCUAUGAUUAGCGUUUAAAUUGUUUAACGGCUUGUAAGUUAGUGGUCUGGUUACUUAAACCGAAGUAAACGGAUUUGACAUUUGAGUAGUUAAAUCUUAAUCCACUUUAUCGAUGCAGGCUGCACUGCAGCCUUCUUUACCAGAAAAAGUUAACGACGGGAAAAUAACAGAAACUCCUCAGUCCUCGUAAUAAUACACCCGAGCACAGCUGAUCUCUAUCAAACUAGGGAUGGCAACAAAACCCGAACCUACGGGUAUCCACCCGACCCAACCCGGUCAAUGCGGGUAAAACUCGUGUUGAUGGGUUUUGGGUCGGGUUUGGGUUUAAACCCGCUACACUAUUCACCGAGUCGGAUUGGGUUUGGGUUUAGGUAAACCCGCCCCAUGGGUACCCGCCCACAUACAUAUAAUUACUUUCCCGGUAUAUUUAAUAUUAUAAAUAAUAUAUCUUCCUUAAACAACUAAUAUUCUUUAUGUUUGUGGAGACAUGUAUAAUUUGUUCUUUCUAAUUGUUUAGAAUGAAGUUGAUAUUAUGAAGUGAAGAGUGAAGAAACUUAGUUGACGAGGAAGAAUCUUUCAAUUAAUCUUAUUGUUUAUAGAUGUUUAUCUUUAAUUUUGAACAAUUUGUAUUGAUCAUUUGCGGUUUGCUUGUAUGCUCUAGAUUGAUGUUUUUUGUAUGAUUAAUUUGUAUGAGAAAUUGAUGUUAAACUUUUAUUUUGAAAGAAAUUUGUUAUUGUAAAUUUUUUACCACAAAACCCACGGGUACCCAUGAACCCGCGGAUACCCAGCGGGUUGGGUUUGAGUUUUUCAAACCCAUCGGAUUUUAGCCCGAAUUUUUUUAACGGAUAAACCCAUGGGUUUGGGUUUGACAAAACCCGCCCCAACCCGACCCAUUGCCAUCCCUAUAUCAAACUCUUCCCUCCAAAUAAAUACUGACGUGUCAAACAUUUUUUGGCUAUUUCUCAACCACCUCUCCCUCCAAAUCGUAUUUCUUUUUCGCGCAAUAAUUCAUUUCAUUUUUUGUUUGUUUCUUUUUCGCUUUCUCCUUUUUCAACUCCAUUUUUACUAAGAGCUCAAGCUCUUUGAAGCUAUAAAUCCAAAAUGAGGAGACCUUCCGAUUUCUAGCUCCCGAAUUCCCACUUUCCCCCCUCACCGUUCUUCCCCGCCGGCUAGAAUUCCGUUAAUCGGAAGCUUUUUCUCACCCUAACAUAACAUGGCCGGAGAGUUCGAGACCUCAGUCGCAUACGGGCUCAAGCUGUCCAAGCGAAUCUACUACGGCAAACAAUCUGCCGCCGCGGCGCCAACCCCGCCGGAGAUGGUGCGGCAGAUGUCCAGGAGGUCGUCCACCGGCGGCGGCAGCAGCGACCAGCAGAUCAGCUACUUGCCGACAGCGGUCACUGUUUACGCGGUGGUGUCGGAGCCGGAGGCCGUCGACAACCCCGACGUGCCCAGCUACCAGCCGUACGUGCACGGCCGGUGCGAUCCCCCGGCGCUGAUACCGCUCCACAUGUACGGGGCGGAAUUGGAGGUGGACUGCUGCUUGGACCACGCGCGCGUCGGAUUCGCGGGACGGUGGCGCGUGCACUGCGUCAAGACCGGGCGGACCUGCGACUGCCGCGUGGCGGUUCCGAUGGGCGAGAAGGGUACAAUUCUGAGUGUAGAGGUUGAAGUAACGGGAAGGUUGUACCAUAGCCGAUUGAUGACGGCGGAUGAUGCAGACGAGUUGUCGAAAGCAAGCAAAGCAGUUGGCGGAGAUGGGCGAUACUUGAAAGGCAACAUCUACACUUUCAGAAUUCCACAGAUUGCAGGGGGUUCUAUGAUAUCAGUAAAAGUGAGCUGGUCGCAGAAGUUGGUAUAUGGAGGGGGUCAAUUCAGCCUUGACGUGCCAUUUAGUUUUCCAUCGUUUGUCAAUCCGAUCGGCACCAGGAUCUGCAGAAGAGAGAAGAUAAUGUUGAACGUGAACUCUGGUAUCGACAAGGAAAUCUCAUUCAAGAGCAGCAGCCACGGCCUGACGGAGUUAAGGAGAGAAGUUGGCAAAAUUGGGUUUUUGUAUGAAGCACAAGUCAAUACUUGGUCAAUUUCCAACUUCAGUUUCUCAUACUCUGUCUGUUCCGCAGAUUUAUUUGGUGGUGUACUCUUGCAGUCACCAUUCCUGAGAGAUUUCGAGGAAAGGCAGAUGUUCUGUUUGCAUCUCUUCCCUGGAACUAACCAACUUAGGAAGGCUUUUAUGAAGGAAGUCGUAUUUGUAGUUGAUAUCAGUGGGAGCAUGAAAGGAGAUCUUCUUGAAAACACCAAAACUGCAAUAAUGUCAUCACUAUACAAACUGAACCAGGAGGAUUCUUUUAACAUCAUUGCUUUCAACGGGGAAAUGUACUUAUUCUCGCCCUUGAUGGAGCCUGCAACCCAAGGAACAAUAGUCAAGGCUAACCAAUGGCUUAAUGACAAGUUACUUGCAGAAGGGGGUACCAACAUUUUGCCUCCUCUUCAACAGGCCAUGAAGCUCUUGGCUGAAACAACCAAUUCAAUUCCUCUCAUUUUCCUCGUCACUGAUGGAACCGUUGGGGACGAGAGAGACAUCUGCAAUUUCGUCAAAGCUUCACUAGCUAGUGCAGCAACUGGAACUUCCAUUUCUCCUCGCAUAUGUACAUUUGGUAUAGGUUCAUACUGCAAUCAUUACUUCUUGCAAAUGCUGGCUCAAGUUUCCAAGGGCCAUUUCGAUUGUGCUUUUGAUGCUGAUUCAGUUGAUUCUCGACUACAGAGACUAUUCACGACUGCUUCAUCUGUUCUCAUAGCCAACAUUAGCAUGGACUGCCUGGAACAUCUCGAUUCACUCGAGUUGCUUCCAUCUAGUAUCCCGGACCUGACAACUGGAGCUCCAUUGCUAGUGUCUGGGAGAUACGAUGGGACUUUCCCGGAGUCCGUCAAAGUUACAGGGACUUGGGCAGAUAUGACUAAUUUUACUAUGGAUUUGAAAGUGAAAAGAACGAAGGAUUUGCCACUAGAUAGAGUGCUUGCUAGGAGACAGAUCGACUUGCUAACUGCUACGACCUGGCUAUCACAAAGUAAAGAACUUCAGGAGAAGGUUGCCAAAAUGAGCAUACAGAAAGGGAUUCCAUCUGAAUACACCAGUAUGAUUCUGAUUUACACAGACAAAGGAGAGAAACCACCAGAAACCCAUCUAGUAAUGGAGGUAUUCAGCAAACUGAACUCACUCAGGAGCCUGCAGCUGGGGACAGAAUCAGCAGAGAAGCAGAACAUCUACCUAGGAAGCAGCUUAGGCAUUGGUUUCGGCAACCUAGUUGCCACAGCUCGGAACACUCCUCCUGGAACCGAGGAGGGGAAGCAGCCAGACGCCGCAGCGAAGCUGGUGAAUGCUGCUUCCAGCUGCUGUGGCGUGGUGGCCGAUCGCUUAUGUUGCAUGUGCUUCAUCAGGGCUUGCUCGCACACCAGCAAGCAGUGCUCCAUCUUGGCGUCACAAAUCUGCGCCGCGCUUGCUUGCUUCGAGUGCAUCAGCUUUUGCUAUGAGAUUUGUGCUUGUGAGUGAGUGAACACAAUUGAAAGGACCAAAAUGAAUGAAUGAAUGUGCAGGCUAUUUAUGUUGUAACUUGUACCAGUAUACAGUGUAAAUCAUCUUCUCGAGUUGGUAUAAAGGAUUGUUAUUGAUAAUUUGAUAUCAAUCAAUGCAAAUACUCUUUGCAUUAAUCAGGGUACUAAUUAAAGCAUUCAGCUACAAGAUAACUUGUAUGCAAUGAAUAGCCAGCCAAGCAAAAGGAUUGAAAUACAAAGUCUAGAUGUGGUUCAUCGGGCAAUUGACCUUGGCAAACGUAAAACGAAUUGAAAAACCGAAUAUGAUUUGAGACUAGCCAUUAAAUCAAGUGAGAUAACCGGGACACUGGAGGUCAAAGGAAAGAAAUGAAAGAUUUUCCACUAAGGAGUAACGAGAAGGCCGGUAAUUGCAGCCAAAGAAUAGCUAUAACCGGCAGUGGCAGAGCCACUUGUGGUCAAGGUGGGUCAUUUACACCACCUUGGCUCAAAAGUGUAGAGUAAAAUUUUUUUUAUGUGUAUCUCUAUAUUAUUGUAAAUAAGUUUAUAAAAGAGGAAUGUUUAGUGAUCUCUAUUUAACUUUUAUUUCAUAAAUUUUCUAAGUGAGUUUAAUAUAAUCAAAACUCAAAACUUAGAGAUGUUUGUUGCUAUUAGUUGUUAAUUGCAAGUGCUUACUCUAAUAAACAAAGUGAAAAGCACUUCAAAAUAAGAUGAGUUGCGGGAUUGUGAAUGAUAUUUGUUGUAAUAUCUUAACAUUCUUCAUAAUUUGUAUGAUAAUUGUAUUUUAGAAAAUUUUCAGAAGAUGAAACACACCCUGAAACUUAGGUUAUAUAUUUGUUUUCCACAUUUGACAUACCUUAAAUAAAUUUCUACUGAUAACCGGCCUCUAUUUUCUCUUUUGUUUUUGCUAACGGCUAGCUAUAUUUCUCUGCUUACGAACCCUUUUAUUCGAAUGAAUACAAGUUCUCUGUUCCACCUAAUCAGUUGAUUUUUUUUUUUUAUAAUGGUGAAAAUUUAUUAUGAGAAAAAAGAAACAAAGUAACAGAAAUACAAGACCAGGGCUCAAGAGAACUGAGCAGCCUGAAAAAGAAACUAAAAAACUGAGAACGGGAAAGCAAAAGAGAGUGAAAGGCACAGUUAAAUGGAUCGGACCAUUACCUAAUCAGUUGAUUAUUAGCACAAACAUGGCAACAUAUGGGAGCAUAAGUGAUGGUUUUGUAUAACAAUGAUUCUCUUGGAAAAUAAUCUCUCCUUAAAAGAACCAUUUUGAAUCUUAAAUUUGUUUAACUGUGGGUGUCAGGCGUUGUUGGAUUAACAAUAAUUACACACUUUAUUAGUCACACACUUUAUUAGAUGAAUCGCUAUUUGCCGCCCGUAGUUACAAAAAAUAAGACGAUUUUGCCCUUGCUCUAUUUUAAAACCCUAACCCUAUCUACCCUCAACCUUCACCUCCCAACCCUCUCCCAAUCUGCAGAACAACCCAGCCGCCAACCCCCUCCAAACUGCCGACCAACCCAGCCGCCAACCCCCUCCAAGCUGCCGACCAACCUACCAAUCCGUCACCGCGACCGACCACUCCUCCCUCCUGCCGAUCCGAAGCCGCCGCCGCGAGUCCAGAAGCUGCCGCCGGCGAGGACCCAGACCAGCAGCGCCGUCCGACCUCCCCACCGUCGAGCGUAGAAGCCGUCGCCGCCGAGUCUCCCUUGUUCGAUCUCGCCGCCGCCGACCUCCUAAGCUCGCUCUAGGUAAUUUUUUUUAUUUUUGUCUUCACGCGGUCCAACUUGUCGGAGCGGAUGAGGUCCGACUCCCCCGGUCGGACGCGGUCCGCCUCACCCAGUCGGACCGGGUCCGCUGGGUCUGGUCGGACCGGUCGGAUUGGGUUUGACUAAUUUGGUUUAAUGAAAUAUUUAUUAGAUU